AUGGCGCCGCCUAGUAUUCCGACCGUGUCUACGGGUCAAUCUCAAUCCCCUGGAGCCUCUUCAAGAAGUAAGUAUGAUUACAGCCAAGAAACUGGAGCAGCAAGAUCCUUGAAUGGCAAGCUAGCAGCAGGGGUCAAUUUGAACAAUUUUAAUCCAGAGCAUGGUCAAUUAUUAGAACAACAUGUAUCCUCCAAUGUUAGAGAUGAAGGGAUCAAGGAGACCUUGGAGAGUUUGAACUACAAACUUUCUGCUGCUCUUUCGACCAUCAGAGCAAAAGAGGACUUAGUGAAGCAGCAUGCUAAAGUCACAGAAGAGGCUGUUGCAGGUUGGGAACAAGCUGAAGCUGAAGUUACUACUCUGAAGGGGCUACUUGAAGCUUCUUGUCAGAAGAAUGCUUCUCUCCAGGAUCAAGUCAGCCACCUAGAUGAGGCCCUCAAGGAAUGCGUCAGGCAACUGCGGCUGGCAAGGGAAGAACAAGAGGACAAAAUCCUUGAAAUUGUUUCGAAAUCUCUGGUGCCGCAGUCUGAAAACCCUGAGCUCCAAAACCAUAUCGCAGAGCUAAAAAAGCGCCUGGAAGUGACCAGAUUAGAAGCGUCAUCUUCCAUGCUAUUACAGCAUGAUCUACAAGAAAGGCUUCAGGCAAUUGAGAGAGAAAACUUGGACCUUAAGGCCAAGCUUCAGGCAACUGAGAAAGAGAAUAUAGAUCUCAAGGCCAAACUUCUUGUACAGUCCAAGGAUCUGAAGAUACUAAUGUUGGAAAGAGAUCUGAGCAACCAAGCAGCGGAGACAGCAAGUAAACAACACUUGGAAAGUGUUAAAAAGAUUGCCAGGGUUGAGGCAGAAUGUCGUAGGCUACAGCAUCUAACGCGGAAAACAACACUGAUCAAUAAUUCUAGGUCUACACAAAACAAUUGCUGCAUGGAAUCACUGACUGACAGCCAGUCCGACCAUGGGGAGCAUAUGGUGGGUGUUGAUAAUGAUCUGCAAAAUUCCGACUCAUGGGCAUCGGCUUUGAUUGCUGAGCUUGAUCAGUUCAAGAAUGGCAAGGAUGGUUCAAGAAAUAUUGUGAACAAUCCUGUUGAAAUUGACAUAAUGGAUGAUUUUCUUGAGAUGGAAAGGUUAGUUGCAUUGCCUGAAUCAGACGGCACAAGCUCUAACUUUGAAAUGGAAACAGAUUCUGACAAUGCUGUCGCAAGAAGCAGCUCCUUGAAAGUCGAAACUGAAGAAUUGCAAAACAAGGUCGCAGAUUUGCAGGAAAAUUUUGAAGCAAUUGCAAGCGAGAAAAGGGAGCUUGAGAUGGCACUUAUGGAAGUUAGAAAUCAGCUUGACAUUUCCUGUGAUGCGCUAGUGGCGGCAAAGAACAGGCUGGUCGAAAUGCAGAUGCAGUUGGAAUCAGCAAAUGAUUCCAAACUUUCUGCUUUGGAAGAUGUGGAGCGUUUGGACUCUGAGAGGAAGGCUUUGGAGUUGCAGUUGGAGUCCAAAUCUGUAGAAGUUGAGGAACUACUUAUGGCUGUAGCUUCAUUGGAGGAAAAUGCAGAGCAGAAAGAGUUGGAGUCACAGUUAGAACUGAUGUCAGCACAAGCUACAGAGCUUCGCCUGACUGUGGCAUCACUGGAAGAGAGAGUUCAGGCUGAGAGAGAUCUUUCUGUGCAGCAGAACAAAAAUGCAGAAGCCAUGUUGAAUGCUAAAGAAGAACUGGAAACACAGCUGUGUUCAGCAAACACUGAAAUGGGGAAACUGUGUGACAUUGUCCAGGCACUAGAGAAUGAAGUCAAAAUGGAGAAGGCACUGCGUGAAGAAUUAACAGCACAGUUACAGACAAAGGUUGAAGCAGCUGUCGAUGCAGUUAAAGAAUCAUUGGAGGCACAGCUGUGUUCAGCGAAUACUGAAGCAGGGAAGCUUAGAGAUGUUGUCAAAGCACUCGAGGAUGAGGUAGAAAAAGAGAAGGCAUUGCGUGACGAGCUUGCAGUAAACAUAGAAGUGAAAACUAAAGCAGCAAGAACUGCUGAGGCUCUUAAAGAAUCCUUGGAGGCACAGCUGUCUUCAGCAAACACUGAAAUACAGAAACUGGAAGAGAUCACAAAACAACUACAGAGUGAGUUAGAGAAGGAGAAGACACUUCAUGAGGAAUUCUCAACACAGUUAGAGAUGAAGAUUGAAGCAGAGAGAGCUCGUUCUAUGGAGUCUGCUAAAGAAUCGUUAGAGGAACAACUCCAGUUAGUGAACUCGGAAGCUGCAAAACUGCGCGACAUGGUGACUGCACUUGAGCACGAUGUGGAAAAGGAGAAGGCAUUUUCUGCAGAGCUCCAGAUGCAGCUAGAAGCUCUAGAGGCUGUAAAGAAGGUGUUGGAGUCGGAAGCGGAGUCAGCACAUCAGGAUGCCAAAAUUCUCAGGCAGAAGGUGGAGUCAUUGGAAGCAAAACUCAAGGAGCAGAUGUCGUUAACAGACGAAUUCAUUGCCAAUGUAGAGACUUUGCAGUCAGAUAGGAUGGCUAUGGAGCAUAAACUUAAAACAGCAGAUAGGGAACUCAUAAAAUUGACAAACAAGGUGAGCUUGCUCCAUAGGGAGAUCGAGCAGGAGAGAUUGCUGUCAGAAGAGUACGAACAGAAAUGCCAAAAGCUGGAGGCUCAGUUGUCAAGAGAUAGCCGGGAUGCAAAGCUCUGGCGGCUCGCAAACUCGAAUGGAGAUCUGAAGGUUAAGAAGGAGAAGGAGCUUGCUAACGCAGCUGGGAAGCUCGCAGAGUGCCAGAAGACAAUUGCUUCUCUGGGGCGUCAAAUCAAAUCACUGACAGACCUCGACAGUGUGGUGCUGGAGCCUGAAAGGCUUGAAUCCAGCAGGGACAUGCCAUUGCCACUGGACUUCAGAAACGAUGAUGCUGAAUUUGCUAUGUUUACGGAUGACUUAUACGACUUUGACCUUCCAAACAACAACACAAGCUUCUUUUCUCCACUCCCAUCAAUCCAGCCCUCGUCCCCACCCUCGGAGAUGUCAGUAUUCGCAGGGGGGCUCUCGACUCUCAGCAGUUACAGGAGCAAAAGAGCAAGUAGAAGGUGA